UCCACGAAAACACGUUACAAACCUUUUGCAAGAAGCUUGUCCUAUUAGUAUUACUAAUAAUUGGCUCCAGACUCCACGUGCAUUCACUAGAUCACUGCCGCAUACUGUGAGAGUGAGUACGAGUAGGCCACGGUUUAUCGAUCGCUGUAGCUGCAGCUGGGCGAAGCAAGCAGCAAGCAUUAUUUUCAUAGUGCUGAACUUCACUUCAUCAGCAUCCCGCGAUUGCACAGAGGACGGUAUUGUGAGCAGCCAGCGUACAGUGACUACACGUUGUCAUUCAGUGGAGCAUAGGAUCAAGUAUUUGUGUAAACUAGUGUCACCCAGGCAAGUUACCAACACAUCAUGUUUGCUUCAAAGUUGCGUAGUCUGAGGACUGUGAGUAACUUUCUUCAGCAUGGCUAUGGUAUGAGCACACUGGUCCGGUCUAGACGACUUGUAGCUAACACGUUUGCACUGGGUCCCAAUGCGACGUCGCUUUGCUCCCCUCAACCCGUGAGAUGCCACUCAGAUAGGUCUGUGCGUCAGGAUACCACUGUAUGUGAUGCCGUUUCAGCUAUUGAUGGUCUUUUCACUGCCAUGGUCACUGCGCACACGUUUCAACCUAGCGACCUGACUUCACAAGUUCCUCUGAUUCAUUGUCAUCUUAACAAUAUAUAUAGUGUACAGAAUCUCAGGACCAUCCUCCAGGCUUGUGCUAGGGUUACCGAGGACGGCGAGGAGGACAGCGCAGUGACUAAUCUAGUUGUAGCUGUACUGGAUCACGCAGCUAGUUUACCUACAGAUCUAUGGCGGGGUAGCAAGAAUCAAGGUCAGCUGAGGUGGAUGCUGCACCGGGCGUCACGAUGCCGAUGUACAACAUCUGAGUUCAGGCAGCUGCUACAGGACCAGCUUGAUGUUCAGUAUGUUAGUGAAUGUAGAGAUAUUGACCGGUGUGUUCAUGCACUGUUUUCGUUGAACAUUGCUGAUCCUUCGCUAGCCAUGGACUUGAUGAGUCGCUAUUCAGCCAUACAGAGUACAGGUGAUCCCAAGUAUCGUCAUGCUCAAGUGCUCAGCCUACUUCUCUACUGUACACUGUGUGGUGUAGAGUGCAGUGCCUUGCUGGAGCUGAUCAGUGUUGAUCAACUCAUACAGAAGUACGGUGCCCAUCAUCUUCAGCGGCUUAUUUUGCUCGACACACUACUAGUUACUAACAAGCAACGGCGAGAAAUCAUGAACCGGUGCUCAGAGUCGUCCAGAAAAGAAGGUUUGAGUCCAAACACGGGUCGAAUGUAUGAUAUGCUGUCAUGCUUCAUUGGUCCAGAACACACCACUGGCGUCUCUCUGGUUGAUGGUGUGGCCGUUCAGGCAUUGUGCAUUGUCAACCGAGAUAGUAAGCCAGUGGAGACUUCCAAGUAUCCAGCCGAUGUUUUCAAUGGUGUAUCAGUAGAUAUGGCUGCAGCUACACGUCAUGGUUUCAGUGUUGUGGCCUGCCUGGGUGUUAGAGAUACACGACUCCUCCGUCAUCCGGCUAUGUCAUCCGAUGGACAUCGCACACUUCUCGCUUCAGCUCUGAAGUCGCAAGGAUGCUUCAUCAUCCCAGUAAUACUCGAGCAUGGAGCUGCACGUACACAGAAUAGCGGCAAGGUCGUCAAUGAUCUGAUGAUCAAUUAUCCUAGUCACAUCAAGGUCUUCAGAGAUCUUCUGGCUCCCAAUCAGUCUAUGCAUUGAUGCCGUUCUGGCAAGUCUGGUACUGCACAUAAAUGCACCAAUGUUGACUUUGAAGGUUUAACAGAACCUACCUGAAGUGGAUGCAGUGGAGCAAGAAGACAAUGCGGCGUACACUUCAAAGUUGCCUUAUGCUCUGAGCGGAUAAGGACCUCACCAACGAACUGGAAGCUGAAUGCUAUGCGAAGUGGACAUGUAACCAUGAUGCCAUGUGCUGACUGUUUGAUGUUGCACCCCUGUAUCCUGUCCCCACAGACUGUGGUCGUGGUCACACUAUGCACAGCGAUGUUGAACGAACUAGUGAUUGGACCCAGGAGCAAUUGUUACUUUCCCGGAUUGGCCCGGUACAGCUGAAAUCCUAGCUGUCUGGGCAUUCGUUUUAGCUGAUAGUGGCCCGAGUCAUCAUGGGGUCCUUCACCUUGAACAGAGAUUUGUUUUCCUUCCUUGGGUCCUGCAGAGCAGUGCAAUGAGUCAUGCUGCACUGGAUACCAUGAUCUACAGCAGGUCUACUAACCCCGGUGUGGCAGCAACAUUUGAUGUUUGUCUGCACAUGACUGCUGGCUUGCUCUUCAUAACCAUGAUAACUGCCUGGAGGAAACAAUCGUGUACAUGUACUUCAAACUGUAUGUGCUGCUUGCCUCUACAGUUACGUAAAGGCUAUGCAGGUGAGUCUAACCUGUGCUUUGGCUCCUUUCUAGCUACCCCCCCCCCCCCCCCCCUCUCUCUCCGCCAUGCAAUGUUAUGAUUAUGUUGGCCCAUUACACUGGGUAUCGCGGCAUCAUACCAGUAAUCAUUUCACAUACCGUGACAUAGCUGCAUGUGCUAUUCUACUCGUCAUACUUCUUAUCUGAUUAUCUUUGAGGCCACGUUUGCGCCCUUACCUCAGCAGUCCAUUGUACAACACCGAUUGUAUCACUUCGGUGUUACAUAUACUACCGAUAUUAUUAGACAGUAGACCAAGUGGAAGAAGCUCAUGCCACACACAUACAUGGCACACACAUAUUUCUCGGCGUAAUCGUAUUCAGGGGCGUCGGAAGGUAACGUUAUUUUAUUUUGGUACGGUCAGCCAUCUG